AAGCAUUCAUGGCUUGCUUCAAACAUGUGUCAUCUAUGAUCAGUAAUAUAUACAAGGAUUUAAUGCAGAGUGACUUGUGUCAUGUUAUGCUGACACUUGAAAAUGAGGAGGAGCCAUACCUUGGUGGUGUACAAGUGUGCUUUGUAGAACAUGGAAAGCCUUGUAUUGGUAUGGCAUCAUUAUCAGGGGGUGAGGCUGUUAUGGCUGGACUUGCACUCACAUUUGCAUUACACAGCUUCUUACCGUCACCAUUGCUGAUAUUUGAUGAAGUGGAUGAUGCACUUGAUGCAAAUAAUAUUGACAGACUUGUGAGAUAUGUAAACAGCCACAAAGAUUCAAUGCAGAUUACAGUAAUCACUCUGAAUAAAAAGAUUGCUGCUGAGUGUGAUGUUAUUGUGGGAGUGUGCCCAAAUCAUAUCUUCAAAGAACAUUUAGUUACCAAAGUCAUAACACUCAAUUUAAGUUUGUAUCCGAAAGAUGGAGAAACACAGUUGAAGAAACUAAUAGAAAAAUCACAAGCUGUGAGAGAAAAGGAAGGUCAAUAACCAGUGUUAUCAUACGCAGAUAGAAACAAUGUAGGACUCUUCAGCAGA